AUGGCAAGACUGCAAGUUGCCAGCAGCGAAGAGGGUGUUGGCUCUAAUGAGCGGGCACCUCUUCUCAACUCAUCUCCCACAAAGAACAGCACGAAGGAUGGAGUCCCUCCUCGCAUCACUCGUCGUCUAUACGUGUCGCACUUCCUGUCCACUUGGAACUCUCGCGUCUUCGAAUUUGGGGCCGUGCUUUACCUGGCAAAGAUCUUUCCAGGGACAUUAAUGCCCAUGUCAGUUAUGAUUGACCGUCAUGUCAUCCAGGUUGUUGUUGUGGCCGACAAUCAUACGUCUUCGCUUCGAACCAUGAAUGCGCAAAUGCGCCGCAUCGAUCUGCUCUGCAAGCUCCUCGGGCCCCUUUCCAUCGCCCUGAUCGACGGCGUAUCGACCGAAACUGCCAUCAUCUUCAACUUCACCAUGAACGUCUCUUCUGUGGUGAUGGAGUACCACGCCAUCGCACGUGUGUACUACGUGGUUCCAGCACUACAGGCGAAUAAGUGUGAUGGCCACUCGCCCGAUUUGACCGCUAUAGGACUUCCUCGGGCUUCAGCUGGUCGACUAAACGGCUUGGGUCAACGCUUGAAGUUCGUCGCGAAGAAGUCCGUGGAUGACAUGAGACUCUACGUUCUUCAUCGCGCGUUCCUCCCAUCUUUCGCUGGUGCUUUGCUCUAUCUGACGGUAUUGAGCUUUGGCGGUCAGAUGGUCACCUACUUGCUCUCCACUGGAUAUUCCGCCACCGAAAUUGGCAUUGCGCGAACUAUAAGUGUAGCCUUCGAAGUCCUGGCCACCUGGGUUGCGCCGUGGCUGAUGGAGUUGAUCGGUCCUGUGAGGGCGGGCUUGUGGAUGAGCAGUUCGCAAGUAUCCAUGUUGGCAGUGGGAACCGCAAUCUUCUGGGCAUACCAGGAUCAGCCUUGGAUUUCAGCGACUGGCCUGGUUGGAGGAACUAUUCUCAGCCGUGUAGGACUGAGAGGGUUUGACCUCUGCACUCAGAUAAUCGUGCAAGAAGUGAGUGCUGCCAAAGCGUAA